GAUGCAGAGUUCAAGGGUCAGCGUCAGACCGAUGUCCGAGAAAAGCACAGGCUCAUCCAGCUGGUCCAGCUGCAAGCCCAGGAGAUGGAUGCUCUGAAGGAAGAAAUCAAUUUACUGUCACGGAAAGGGGGCCAUAUCCUUCCCCCAGCCCAGGCCCCCUUACCCCAGACAACAUAA